GAUACUUUAGGGACCAAGUGUUCCCAUGUGCGUGUCUUUGUGUAGUCCUCAGUUGAAAUACAUGAGCACCAAAAAGUUGGUAAAAUAAGGCUGCUCAAUACCUCAAGAACCAUCAUCACCUUUAUUUCCAUCUUUUGUUCCUAGUGCUUUACCCAAAUAAGCCACUCACAAUUUUACACACUAGGGUUAGGGUUAGUCACCACCACCAGCAACCACUGACUUAUAAAUAGACCUAGACCUAUCUCUGGUGUAAUCAUCAUCCAGCAUUUCGAUUUGCUUGGGUGAAACCAUAAACUGAUUGGAACACCCAAAGCAAACGCAGACAGGAAAAAAAAAAAAGUCAAACAUAGAGAUCUCGAGCUGAUUAGGGUUUUUGGGAUUGAGCAUGAAGAAGAGACAGGUUGUGCUGAAAAGAGAUGUGGCCAACACUUCGUCUUCGGUGACCAGAAAUGUAAGAUAUGGAGAGUGCCAGAAGAAUCAUGCAGCGAAUAUCGGAGGGUAUGCUGUGGAUGGUUGCAGAGAGUUCAUGGCUAGUACAGGGGAUGGAGGUGGUGGCGCUCUUACAUGCGCUGCUUGUGGCUGCCACAGGAACUUUCACAGAAGGGAAGUGCAAACUGAGGUAGUAUGUGAGUACUCUCCUCCUAAUUCUGCUCGCUAAAGCAAGGAACAACAUAGAGUGAAGGGUUUGUGUAUCAAAUUACUUAACUGAUUGAAUUUUUCUUUCUUUCUCUCUUUCUUUCUUUCUUUCUUUCCAUAGUUCUUUCAUUGUGUUCUUGUAAGCGUGGAUGAUUUGAUUACCAACAGAGAAUUAUUCUUGUAAAAGAAAAUUAUAAGCUUCAGGGUUUGUGUUUUGGAAUGUUAUAUAUCCAAGCUUUCUAUA